AUGAUGAAGUACAUAGCAUUAGCCAUGGUGCUACUAGUAUACUUGACUAUUCAGAGCAAUGCAGUGGAAACAUCGACGUAUACAACCAAGUAUGAUGGUAUAGAUUUAGAUGAGAUCCUCAAUAAUGAACGACUGCUGACUGGUUAUGUCAAUUGUCUGAUGGAUAAUGGACCUUGCACUGCAGACGGGAAGGAGUUGAAAAGAAAUCUCCCCGAUGCAAUUGAGAAUGACUGUAAGAAAUGUACGGACAGGCAGCGUGAAGGUGCAGACCGAGUAAUGCAUUACCUCAUCGAUCACAGACCCGAGGACUGGACCAAAUUGGAGAAAAAAUACAAUUCAGAUGGAAGUUACAAGAUGAAGUAUCUAUCUCGUAAACCAGCUGAAGACAGUAAGGAAACGAAUACUACAAAAUCUGAAGAAGAUACGAAGAAUGAAACCAAAGAAUCCAUAUAAGCGAAAUAUUUUAAUAAAUCUCCCACAACCGACAACAGAAUUGGCAACGGAUAAGAUACAUUGAUUUUAAGGAAGCAGCUUAUAAUAAUUAUAAUAUGUGUGAGCAAUAGA